AAUCCAUUCACUCAAAUCCCCACUUUAAUAAUUGAUACAAAGAUCAUAUAAUAAUAACAUAGAACAAAAGAGAAAUACAACAAUGGCAUUGAGAUCUUUAACCAAUCUAGUAGUUACUCCUCCAACCAAAAACUUAGUCAUCAUUCUCCGUCUUCUCUCAAACACAAGCGCACACCAAAACCACGAUGAAGAAAAGCAAAGCGUAUCAAACCGCGCGUAUUGGACGAAACGAAUUCACGGCCUCUGCGCGCAAGACCACAACCCCGACGAAGCCCUGCGCCUUCUCGACCGCCUCCGCCUCCGCGGCUACCGCCCCGAUCCCCUCAACAUCGCCAGCAUCAUCCAUGCCCUCUGCGAUCUCCAUCGCUUCGCCGAUGCCCACCGCCGUCUCCUCUUUUCCAUCGCUUCCCUUUGCCUCCCUGAUGACCGUACUGCCAACGUCCUCCUUGCCCGCCUCCUCGACGCCCGCACCCCGCUUCCUACUCUCCAAGUCCUAAACUCUCUCAUCGCCGCCAAACCCUCUUUCGUCCCUUCUCUCACCAACUACAACCGCCUCAUCGACCAGCUUUCCUCGGAUUCCCACCCUUCCGAAGCACGGGACCUCAUGGUCUCCAUGAAAACCCGUGGCCGUCUCCCGAAUGCCGUCACUUUCACCGCUCUCAUCAAUGGUUUCUCUCGAUGCGGAGAAAUGGAUCAUGCCCGACACCUGUUCGACGAAAUGCUUACGAGUGGCGUUUCACCCAAUUCUCUGACAUACAGUGUUUUGUUGAAAGGUGUUUUGAAGCAGCGACGAGUUGAACAAGCUGAUGAGUUGAUGCGCGAGCUCUGGUCAAGGAUGGCAAUGGAGAAAGACUCUUCUAUCAAUAGUGCCGCGUUUGCCAACUUAGUUGAUGCAUUGUGCCGAGAAGGGUUCUUCCAUGAGGUGUUUAGGAUUGCAGAAGAGAUGCCACAAGGGAAGUUCGUAUGCGAGGAAUUCGCAUACAGCCAGAUGAUUGAUUCUCUCUGUGGAGCUGGAAAGCAUCACGGAGCAUCGAGGAUUGUGUAUAUAAUGAGAAAGAGAGGAUUUUUUCCAAGCAUUGUAUCAUACAGCUGUAUAAUUCAUGGAUUAAGCAAGGAAGGGGAGGGAGGUUGUAUGAGGGCCUACCAGUUGUUCAAAGAAGGGAUUGGAUUUGGGUAUUCACUACCAGAGCCUACUUACAAAGCCCUCAUUGAAGGCCUUUGCCGACAAAAGGAUCUCGAUAAGGCUAAGGAGGUGCUUGAAUUCAUGUUACAGAAGGACGGGGUAGAUAACACAAGGAUUUACAACAUGUUUCUCAGUUCUUUACAUCUUGUUGAUAAUCCUAGUGAGCAGCUGAAUGUCCUUGUUUUGAUGCUUCAAAAGCAAUGCCAACCGGAUGUGGUCACUCUAAAUAUUGUUAUUCAUGGCUUCUGUAAGAUUGGGAGAGUUAAUGAAGCUAUCAAGAUUUUAGAUGAUAUGUUAUCAGGGACUUUUGCUGGUCCGGAUGUUGUCACGUUUACUGCCAUUAUCGGAGGCUUGCUAGAAAUUGCUAAGCCAAAAGAAGCAGUUGAUUUAUUGCGUAGAAAAAUGGCUGAAUGUCAGUGUACUCCGAAUGUUGUGACAUACAAUGUUGUCAUUGGCGGGUUGUGUAAACUUAAGAUGAUCGAUGAAGCAAUGGAGAUUUUCAAUGAAAUGGUGGCUAAAGGAGUCAUUGCUGAUUGCACCACCUACACUGUGAUCAUAGAUGGAUUAUUCAAUGCCAGUAGAUUAGAGGAUGCAAAGAAGUUCUGGGAUGAAACAGUAUGGCCUUCAAAGUUGCACAAUGAUUAUGUUUACGCUGCAAUCUUCAGGGGGCUUUGCCAUUUAGGCGAACUGAAUGAAGCUUGUGACUUUCUAUAUGAACUAGUGAAUUGUGGUGUUACUCCUGGCAUUGUGAGUUACAACAUCCUCAUUGAUAAUGCCUGUAAGCAGGGUUUGAAGAGAGAGGCUUACCAGAUUAUGAGUGAGAUAAGAAAGAAUGGGCUGGAACCUGAUGCUGUGACAUGGAGGAUAUUAGGUAAGUUUCAUGAGAAGGAAAGGAAGGCAGAGGAUUCAGGUUCAGAAUCCUCCUCAACAAUGCGUGAAGAUGAGGAAUGUGACAAUAAGAACGAACAAUGUGCAGAUACUUUGGAAGGAUUAGUGGAUCCAUCCUUAUCCAAUGCCCUGUUUGAAGAUAACAUUGAGGAUGAGAAUUGUAAAGCUAGUGAGGGAAUUAGACAACAGACUCAUUCCAACCAAGAACAAAGAGAACCUCUGUCAAGAAUUGCCAGAAGAGUGUUUGGUUUGUUGUAAGAUAUGAAAGCUGGUGUGCUGAUUAAUUAGAAAGGGCCCUUUGAUAUUCAUUAUUCAUUUGCAAUAACCUUGCAAUUUUUUUGUAGAUUGUUCUGAUUGAGACUUGUAUUGGUAUCAAGAAACAGUUAACACUACAAAACAGUUUUUUUUUUUUUCGCUUCUUAAGACGAGAUCUCUGUAUGAUGCUUGACUUUCUUAACUCGAAUUUGAAUGACGUCAAUGCUGAUGGUGUAAAUGUUAUCCAAUU